UCCGGGGCAAACUUACGAACCCGGAAGUAACGGGCCAACUAAACAAACGGCUCGUUGUCAUCGCCUUUUCGCCGUCAUGCAGAGGCUUAAAAUUAUCUCGGGACAUUUGUGUCCGUCGUUCUCGGAGGAAAAGUGGACGGUGUGGGCCAACGAGUGCACGGCGGCGGUCGCUGGGUCUGACGACGUGGUGGUGAUACACGGCCUCAGGACCCCUAUUGGGAAGGCCAAGCGAGGAGCUUUCAAGGACACCACACCUGACGAGCUGCUGAGCGCCGUAAUGAGCGCCGUACUGAAGGACGCGGGCUUAUCUCCUCACCUGCUGGGCGACGUGUGCGUGGGAAACGUGCUGCAGCCCGGGGCUGGAGCCUUGGUGGCCCGCGUGGCUCACUUCCUCAGCGGCUUCCCCGACUCUGUUCCUGUCUACACUGUCAACAGGCAGUGCUCGUCUGGACUGCAGGCCGUACUCAACAUCGCAGGGGCCAUCCAGAGUGGCUCUGUGGACCUCGGCCUUGCCUGCGGCGUGGAGAGCAUGUCCUUGCGUUCCAUCGGGAAUCCUGGAGAUUUGAGCUCCAGGCUGGUGGACAACAACAAGGCCAGAGAUUGCAUCACCCCCAUGGGCAUGACAUCAGAAAACGUCGCAGAGAGAUUUGGGAUCUCCAGGGAGAAGCAGGACGCCUUCGCUCUGAUGUCUCACCAGAAGGCGUCGCGGGCACAGGCGUCGGGCGCGUUCCACGACGAGAUGGUGGCCGUUGUCACCAAGAUGGUGGACGAGGACGGCGGGGAGCGACGGGUGACGGUCACCAAGGACGAUGGCAUCCGGGCGGGAACCACGCUGGCGGGACUCGCCAAACUGCGACCGGCCUUCAAACCCGACGGCACCACCACGGCCGGCAACUCGAGUCAGGUUAGUGACGGGGCGGCCGCCGUGCUGCUGGGGCGCCGCUCUGCCGUGGAGGCUCUGGGCAUGCCGGUCCUUGGGGUCCUGCGGGCCAGCGCCGUGGUGGGGGUCCCGCCGGACAUCAUGGGCAUCGGCCCCGCUGUCGCCAUCCCAGAGGCGCUACGCAAGGCUGGACUGAGUGUGGAUGACAUCGACGUGUUCGAGAUCAACGAGGCGUUCGCCAGUCAGGCGGUGUACUGCGUAGAGAAGUUGGGGAUCCCCCUGGAGAAGGUAAACCCCAACGGGGGAGCCAUCGCUCUGGGUCACCCGCUGGGCUGCACGGGUGCCCGCCAGCUUGUCACCAUGUUGCACCACCUCAGACGACAACAGAGAAGGGCCUACGGUGUGGUGUCCAUGUGCAUCGGCACCGGGAUGGGAGCAGCCGCCGUCUUUGAAUAUCCUGGCCCGUGAUGAAGUGCGGGACCGCGUGGCCGCACCCACAACCAGACGCUCCCGAUUGCCCCUUUGAUCGUGCUGAUUGAAAUAAAUUCAAGCGGCUUCUA